ACGCAGGGUACCGUGCCUGGGAAGUUAAUUCCAUGUUCCAGUGGGAAAAGAAAGACGUUUUUAAUUACCGGUUGUUCUCUUCGCAGUUACUUUCUCGGUUCUUGUUAUUAUUUAAUUGUGAAGAUUGUGCUUAUUUUGCUUCUCGAUUCAAUAGUAUUGCGGUGGAACUUCGUCGCAUUAAAUUGUUUGUACGUCGGUUUCGUAUACAUACUUAGGUUAAGUUCUACAAUAAUAGGUCAUUCACAUGGCAGAAUUAGUUCAUAGAAAUUUGUAUGAAACUGUAAUACCCAUAUUUUAUAAUCUAAUGUGGACAAACUUAACCCUAAAUGGAUCAUCUUUUAAUCUGCAAAUCAUAAGGAAAAAAAUUGAGUAGGUAGUUGAAAUAUCUAAACUGCACUCGGGGAUCGCAUUCGUAUAGUUAACCACGUUACCGGCUGUAUUGUACGAGCAUGCGUACUAACGCAUAUCCGUUUAGUUCACUGUGAAGUUUGUCUGGAUUCGUGGUGGAAAAAAAAACAAGUGUGGCGUCGCAGUGGCUUGAAGUUGUCCGAACGAAUUGUGUGAGGUGAAGUGUGUGUAUAUAUAUAAAUGGCGGCUGACGAAAAAUGGUACUUUACGAAAGAACAGCUUGCAAACACGCCAAGUCGAAAAUGUGGGAUCGACGCCGAUAAGGAACUAAGCUACAGACAGCAAGCGGCUAAUUUCAUCCAGGACAUGGGACAACGGCUUGCCGUAUCACAAUUAUGUAUCAAUACGGCUAUUGUAUACAUGCACCGGUUCUACGUGUUCCAUUCGCUAUCACAAUUCCACAGGAAUGCGAUAGCAGCGGCGGCCCUCUUUCUGGCUGCAAAAGUCGAGGAGCAACCAAGGAAGUUGGAACAUGUUAUCAAAGUGGCAUACAUGUGUCUUCACAGAGAUCAGACGCCACCUGAUACGAAAUCUGAGCAAUACCUCGAACACGCUCAAGAUCUGGUUUUCAAUGAGAACGUCCUACUGCAAACGUUGGGGUUCGAUGUAGCUAUAGAUCAUCCUCACACUCACGUAGUUAGAUGUUGUCACCUGGUUAAAGCGAGCAAGGACUUAGCCCAGACUUCAUACUUCAUGGCAUCUAACAGUUUACACUUGACGACCAUGUGCCUUCAGUACAAACCUACGGUCGUAGCCUGUUUCUGCAUACAUCUCGCCUGCAAAUGGUCUAAUUGGGAGAUACCUCAAAGCAACGAGGGAAAACACUGGUUUUGGUAUGUCGAUCGGAGUGUCACUUCUGAGCUUCUGCAGCAGCUCACCGCAGAAUUCCUCCAUAUAUUCGACAAGUGUCCAUCCAGACUCAAAAGAAAGAUCAUGAGCAUAUCCGCCACCCAGAGCCCCAGCAUUAAUCACCCUAGUUUGCCAAAUUCCCCAUUUGAUGUGGAACCUAGAAAAGUACAGAGUCCUGCGGCUGGCGAUGGAGGACCAACGUUCCAGUCUAAUCGACCGUAUCUCUCCGACAAGCAGGAGGAUAAGAAACCAUUGUCGUCUUCUAUACCAGGACGGCCACAGGUGGACUAUAGGGAAUACAAAGAGAAGAAGGAACGUGAGCGCCUUGAGCGAGAAAAAACCGUUGCUGCUGCUUCUGCGACUGCUGUAUCCGUUACGGUCGCUGCUGCUUCAGGGACCAAUCCAUCUGCUCAUAUGUCAGAAUUAAAUAAGCACCAUUCUCAUCAUCAUAAGUCGGUGUCCAGUGUUGGACUUCCCAAUAAACAUCCUAUGCCACCUGGUCAAAAGUCGAGUAUGCAUCAUAAUCACAAUCAUAGACCAGAGAUGAAGACUGGUAUGAUAGCCACACAUAGACACUCUGUUAACAACCAACCCAGGGAUCCUAAUCGGGAUCUUAAUCGACAAAGAAUUGCUAGGGAAUAUAAUUCAAGUAGUGGCACUAGUGGCGGUACCAUGUAUUCCCAUUCUCAUACGACACAUCUGGCAAAGAAUUCCAAUCCAGAUUCUAAUUCCCUCUCGGAGACUUCUGCCGUAAGAGCAGAAUCUAGUUUGCCAUCUCAAGAAGUGGUGGCACACGGAAAUGCUCAGGAAAAACUGAGUAACAAUAAUCACAGCGUACACAGGUUAAGUAACGUUGACUGUAAACAUCAGCCCCAUGACAAAAGGUCAUCCUAUGAUCCGAGACAUAAGACUCCGGAACAUAGGAAGGAUGCUGAACAACAAAAACUUUACACCAAAUAUCAAGAACCUGCAAGAAUAGAACGACAGCGUAAGCCCGAUUCACUUGAGCAAAGGAGCGAGGAAGUCAGAAAACUCAUUGAAAAGCCUCUGCCGCCACCUAAGCCACGCCCGGAAAUUCAGAAGGAGGAAUAUAUUGCUAAUAUGUUAAAACAGUCACACCAUCCCAAGUACAAUCAGCUAGAUAAAUUACAAGCAUCGCCUCAGAUGUUCCAGAAAUCAGUGCCGUCCAAACCAGCACCGAAUCAGCACUCAAUGCACGGAGUUUCUCAGAUAUUAAAGGACAUUUCAAAGAACGGUGCAUCACAACAAUCUUCAAUGAAUAAUGUGGACGAUUAUAAAACAGAGAAACGGUUGCGACACGAUGGACCGGAGCGCUCGUUCUCGGGAGUGCAGCAGCCCUUGUUGCAAACACCGCCAGGGAAGCAUAAGUCACUAUUCAGUCCAGAAAAAGCACCAACGUCGAGAGACAUGCACUCUCAGAGGCCAAAGUCUAAGCAGAAAACGCCACCAACGGCAGCUAAAGUUCCUAAACAAGAGCGAUUAGAUCCCUUACCAAGCCCUCUGAACAUUGUAUCGCCAUUCGCAAGUCCACCAGGUCCUCAUCAGCAGGAUCCCUCGCCGUCGAAAAGAUUAUCUAAUGAUGCGAUCUCUAGUUCAAAUAAGAGGCAUAGAACAUUAAGCACCAGCGAAACUGAUCAACAACCUAAGAUCAAAACUGAAGAGAUAUCCGGUUUCGAUACUAUGAAGAUGCUCGGACGAGUUCCUGACCUAAUACAACCCUUUAAGGAUAAUCCGACACCUACAAAUGGCAGAAGUACCUCAGUGGCUAAUGAUUUAAAGCCUCCAGAGUUAAUAAAGCCAUUCGAGCCGGAACCAGUUGUUCACCAAGUGGCUGCUACAUCUCAAAGUACCAUUAGACAGCAGCAACAACAAACAUCAAUGAAUGGAUUAGAAUCGGGUAUUAUUAAGCAGGAGCCCCUUAUUACCAACGUGAAACAGGAACCUGUAAAUAGUGAGUCAACCGGUGUUGUGGAACAUUCGACACAGGUGAAAUCAGAGUAUCUGUCAUCUAUAAAAUCUGUUCAAAGCAUAAAUGCCCUUCUACAAGAACCGAUUGCACAAAUUCCUUCGUUGCUGCAAGGUGUACAAUUGACUCCAAUAGUACAACAACAGCUUCAACGACAGCAUCGUCUUCAACAACAAAAGCAGCAGGUGCAUAUGUCAUUGCAGACAUUACAGUCUCAAGAACAAGUUCCAAUACAGUCGCAGUGUGUAUCGUUACCAGCAGUCAGUGACUCCUCAAUUGCUUCAACGGUGGACAUCAGUGUUUUAAAUACACCAGUACAAGCCGCAGGAGCUUCGGCGGCUCCAGCAUCGAUGCCAAUGGAGAUGAGUAAUCUGGUUGCCGUCGUCGAGGAGAAAAAGUCCGAGCAUCACAAAAGUGAAAAGAAAAAGAAGAAGGAGAAGCACAAACAUAAAGAUAAAGAUAAGAGUAAAGAGAAACACAAGCAUAAACACAAAGAUAAGGAUAAAGAGAAGCACAGAGACAAGGAAAAGAACAAGGCCGAGGUCAGUGGCGAGGGUGUAUUUGCAGCGGUACCAAUCAGAAUAACCAUACCCAAGGACAAAAUAAAUUUGAGUGGUACCGAGUCGGGUGCAGUAACUGGAGGAAAUACAGGGCACCCGGAGAAAAAUAAAUCACCUCAGGGCACUGGAUUAAAGAUCAAGAUUCCUAAGGAGCGCCUUAAGGGUGCUGAUGGCGUCUCUGGUUCAACAGGACAAUCUGUUGUUCAGGCCCCUCUGAAAAUUAAGAUACGAACCGACGCGAUAUCAAGGAGCAGCACCUCCAGUAGUGGGCUUCCUGGGAAUCUUGGUGCUGGCGGUGGACUAGAAUCCGCAUCGGAGAAUCGGAAGAGAGAGCGUGAUCGAGAUUGUGAGUCAACUUCAAGUCCUACGCUGGGUGGAGGCCCCCCAAACAAGAAGCACACUCAAGGUGGUAGUGGCAGUAACAGUAGCAGCGGAGCGCAGCGACCUGGGGAGCGACAAAACGGCCGACACUAUAGUUCAAGCAGUAAUAACAAGGUACGUGGAGGCGGGAGAGUGGCUCGUCAGUUUUCCCCACGGGUUCUACGCGCUCAGCCAUCCCUUUAUGGCCAAUCACUUCGCGAUAACUAUUAUCAGCACGUCACCGCCCACGAAUCAGACUCCUAUAAUAGUCACAACCUGAGAAAUCCCCAACAUUCAAUUCAUCCUCCUCCACCACUUCGUGACAUGGGUUAUCCUCACGGAGCCCGUCCAGCUCAGUCUCACCAUUCGCAGUCGAGUGAACCUUAUUUCUUUGCCAAUUAUCAUACAACCUCUAUAUAUAAUCAUUCUAAUUACGUUUAUGAUUCUGCUAUGUAUUAUCAGCAUUACCAGCAACAAUACCCCAUUUAUCCGUCUGCUAACGUAAUAAUAACACCGGAUGGUGCCAUAGACACAUCCGUUCCACCCCCUACUCUACCAUCUAAUAUUCGACAACAAAAUCAAACGGAUAAAAUUCAGAUUGUUCAAACAGAAAUUAAUAGCCCUCCUCCGUUACCUAGUGGACCGCCACCUAAUUCUCCACCACCGCCUCCUCCCCCGGAGUAGAUUCGCUGAACUAGACUCCUAUAUUAUUACUUUAGUAGACUCUGUAGACAUUAUUCUGUCGUAGUUCUUACUGUAAUGUUUACUUGUCAUCUUUCGCCCAUUAACGAUACUGCCCAAGGCUUCAAAAAAAUGUCUUUGAUUUUCUUUUCUAACUUACCAAGUUCGUUUCUUACGUUCACUAUUUUAGUUUAUUUUUCCAGUGAUAACUAUCUUCUAUUCGUAAACUGUCGAUUCUAUUCUUCAAAUUACUAAGGACUCACACUUAGUUUUCUUAUGUUUACUUUGUAAGCAUUCAUUCUAUACUUUAUGUUUUAUUAGCACUCAAUUAGCCUCAAAGAAAUUGAGAAGAAAUCAAGAUUGAUUUCAAUUAUCAAUAGAUUUCUUGAGAUUCGAUUGACGAUCAAAUGCUUUUACGAUCGAUCUGAAAGUCUCAAAUAUAGUGAUAAUUUUAUUCGAAGAGAAAGAGAAAGCUGUGAUUCGUUUCGCAAAGAGUCAACUAUGGUAUUUGAAAACUGAAUAUAACAUAACAUUGACGGCCGGAUCGUUCGUUCUUACUGUGUGUUUGAAAUGACUGAUCUAAUUGUACAAUGAAAACAUUUUCUUAAAACGUGAUAACGUAAUUCUAUUUCUUUGUUCUUAACUAUUCCUUCUUCCAAUGCAUCUUACAAGUAUAGUAUGUAUACGGGUAGAAUGUUCUGAGCAUGUGAUUAAUUAAGUAUACCUUUUUUGAUGUCAACGCAUUAGCUGGCAAAUGAACUCGAUCUUUCGGCUUCAAUUCUAUCUUUUGUUGUUUUUAUUUUGGCCUCCUCUUUUUACCUACUCACUUGUAUAUUCUCUUCCGUGUGUAGAUCCUUAUCCACAGUCUACGGUAUUGUUAAAUUAUGUUGCUAAGAAAAAAAAAUACUUGUAACGGAUCAAAGAAAUUGGACGCGAUAUAUUGUAUGAGUUAUCUGAGAGACGUUAUUGUGUUAUCGCUUUAUGAUGUUAUGUUCAAAGUGGGAAAACGUGUCUUAGUUUAGAUGAGAAAUGAAAAAAAUUGACUCCAUUUGCAUGUGCAUCCAUUACUUUACAUCGGGAUGGUAAAGAAACUUCAUUUAUUUGACGUACAUUGAAGUAAGAAAAAAAAUUAUUGCAGAAAAACGCACCUUAUUUUGUAACGAAGACUUUUUUUCGUGGUACUGUUGCAAAGACAAAUUUCUCCACUUCAAAAUUCAUAUUAGGUUUUAUCUGAAGCAGAUUUUUUAUUUCUCCUUGUUUGACGAUAGUUUCGAAUAAGAUUCAAAUAUAAUUUAUAUAUGUACAUAGUAUCGAUACCUAUAAUUGUAUGCUUAUAUAUGGUAUACCUACAAUUUAAAUGUAUGUAUGUGCACGAGCAUAACGAUAUACAAAAUUGAGAAAAAGGAAAUGAACAAAAAAGAAAUUUGUAACGUUUCCCACGGUAUAAUUUUCACUUUUGACGGGUGAUAGGGUCCUGCUUACAGGAUGAGUAAGGAUAAAAUAAAUUUUAAAAAAGUAGAGAAUAUCAUGAGAAUUAUAAAAUAUAUAGCAAUAGCAUGGAAUUAACGAUUACACGCCUUUGAAGAGAAUGAGAAUAUUUAACUCAGGAAUCGAAAAAGAAUUUCCGAUAUGUUCUAGCGCUCUGUGGUUAUAAAGUGUGUAUUUAUAUACCGUUACUGUGCUGUUGCCAUUUAUAAUUGUUAUUACAAUAUUACUAUUGCCACGGAGGGCACAAAUACCACUGUGCUACUAAAUAUUGUUGAUCUAUUUACUGUAUAAUAACUAUUAUCACUCGUACUACAAGUUCUAUCGCUAAAUCUAUUACUUAUUUCUAUACACAUUACAUUUAUUAUUCUGUUUACGGUCUACUGUCCCUAAAAAAGUGGUCUGUAAUUUUGAAUUUCCCCUGAGCUCUUUCUAAACAAUCACGCCGAAGAGGGAAGGCUCCCAGUCGUCUGUUUCGUUUACCGCGCAAGUUACUUGCGCUCUAUCGAACUCUCGGUCUAUUACAUAGAGUGGGCGCAUUCCAUAAGACAGCACUCUCUAAUAUAAUCCAACCGGACCCCCGCGUGUGCCAUCUUGUGGAGAGUUGACUAUACUACUGUAUUCUACUUCUGCUAGUAGUAUUGUAGUAUCACUAUUUUGCUAUUCCUGCUAUUAUUGGCAGAAACAUGUUUAUUUCUCAAAGUCUCUUAAACACUUCUUUUAUAUAUUUGUGCGGUCGAGUACUUUUCUCAUUCUCAUUUACAGUUUUACAUGUAGUUCAUAUUUUAGGAAAGAUUUUGUAAUUUCGUUUUGUAAUUAUUCAACUUGAAUCACUGCUCAUCUAGGGUGCGUUCACACUUGUUGUGAAUGUUGAGUAGAUUGUUAUCUCUUUUUUGUCAUAUAUUUCAAGAGAUGCAACGAUUUUUGGAGUACUUGCAAUAAGUUUGGAAAUCCAACUUCCAAGUCGUUGCCAGGACUCUUACUGCCAUUACUACUAUAUUACCUCGGUUUUGUUAGCUGAAACCCAUAAUAGCAGUUUCUAGAUCGUACCUUAUUUAAAUGUAUUUUUUCAAAAAUCAAUAAUUAAGCUUCGGCUUAGCCAUUUACUGGGGGACUAAUACACGCUGUAUCCUGAAUUAAGUCUGAAACAUGCUAAAAGUACAUAAUAAUAGAAACUAUGGUUUAGGAAAAUGCGUUCAAAUAUAGAGGGAACGCGAGAAAGGAAAACUAAUGGAAAUAGUCAGAUAGUGUAAGGACACACAAGAGUUCAUAGUUUAAUUAAUCACAAACAAAAAUCUGUGACAGCAUAAGCAACUGAAAAGCAACUUCUCUCCCUGAUAAUCCGUUCAAAUUAUUCUUCAAGCUUUUUAACCUUUUGUAAAGUCACGCGACGCUAGAAAAGGCGGGACCUGUAAGGAGAUAGAAAAGAGACCUGGAGAAGAUUCAUGAAAUAUAAUUAAAUCUAUAGGAAGACAAAAUAAUUGCUAAGGUAAAAAAGAAGCCCUUAGGCUGGCUAAGAGAGCACACGUUGGAAACUUUUAAAUGGGGGUUUGUAAUCAUAUACAUGAUCAUAGAAUGCUUACUCAUAUCAUAGAAUCACAAAUAUAUUAGAUUUUAUACUAUCGUGAGAUCAGUUCGAUAAAGCACGAAAUCCGGGAGACUUGUAAGAAACGACUAAAAUGAAAAAAUAACCGUAAGUCUAUUUUUUAGCCCUAUCCCGCCUCACCAUGCCACGUUCCGGCCCUCAACAAAUAUGUAACGCAGAAUUCAACAUUAAUGCAAUCUUUACCACACAAUGUAUCUAUUCUGCGUGUCGCGUAUGGUGUAACUUCUUUGUUACAUCGACUAAACGGAAUAUUUUCGAGCGAUACUUGUUACUGCAUUGUAGAAUGAAUGUAUGGAUUUAUGAAUGUGUGUUCGUGCGUGUGUGUUAUAUCGGGAUUAUAAAUAAAAGCGAUAUAAAAAAAUGAAGAAUAGACAAGAUUACUUUAGUGCUUCAUUGAAUAAACAGUUUUUUGGAUAAUACACUGCCACGUAAGUUGCCAUUGCCUCGUUAUCGUGUCGACCUAUUUUUCGGUUAUGGACAAUUUUCUAGCGCUAGUGCUGAAGAAAUAAAACCUCGCAGAGUAGUAACUGGUUGUGGUGAAAUUCGUGAUUUUACUGAUCGAUCAUGUCGAUGACGGAAGGAAAACAUCGUACGCGACACGUCCAAUAAUCUCUCAGUAAAUAAAAGUUCUACUGAAAGAAAA